CCCUUCUCCAAAUGAAUUUUUUUUCUCUUUGCAAAUUUCCUCCUCCUGCUGCGUGUUGCUUUCUCCCCUUUGCAAAAACAUUAUUCAUCCACCCUUUGUCCUCCCUUCCCCCUCCCUGCUGCCUCCGCUCCUCUCUCUCGGUUCUUCCAUCCCUCUCCAAGCUCUGACGAUUCCCGCACUUAUUUCCCGGCAACUUUGGCUGUAGCAUCAGGCAUUACUGUUUAUUGUUUUGCUGCUGGUGCAGACCCCCAAAGCCUGCCCUGGGAGCUGGCAGUGCUGCUAAUUAUUUGGACCAUACCAUACUGAGAAUACCAGCCCGGGGGAUGCCAAAACCUCAGAGCAGAUGAGAAAAUCCAUUGUGAGCAGGUGUCCCCCUCCCUUUCUUUCCCCCCUAAGAAGCACGAGAUUCGCACCUGGUUCCUCCAGCCUCUGCCUCGGCGCCUCUGUUGUCAGCUGUCAGUUGCCCCCGCCAGCCCUCCCUCUCCCCUUCCUCCCACGGUCCAGCCCCAUCUCACUUCAGGGGAACAUCUCUCCCCAGCACUCGGCUUGCCUUUGUUUUUUCUCCAGUCAUUUGCCCAACUUGCUUCUCCCUGUGAUCCGAGAUGGGUGAAAAAAUGACCCCUACUCCCCUUUCUGUGAUUCUCUGGCCUUCCUUGCAGCCUCUCCUUGGCUUGACUGGGAAUUAGGGGAGAGGGAGGGAGGCGUGACGGCUGGAGGCUGGAGAAGGAGCCCAAGAUUGGGGACCCAAGCUGCCCCGUUCCCCAUGCCCCUUGAAGGUGUUUCAAGGUAGUGCAUGUCAGAGGGGAACUCGCAGGCAAAGUUGAAGGCAGACCUGUGAAGCAGAGACUGAAAGGUGGUCUCUUGGCAAGGAGGGCCCAUUUCCUGCAGCCGGAGCCCAAUGUCACCCUGAACUCAGCCCAAGGUGUUUUCCUGGGGCCCAGCCAGGAGGAGAGGACCUGAAACUGAAGAUAGUCUCUAUGGAGGUUUUGUGGAGAGACUGCCUGGCGGCCUUCAGAGAGUGGAACGGCUGGGUGCUUGUGGCCACUGCGGACGACAGGACGAGGACAGUCUGUAUGCCCUGGCUAACCGCAGCCAACACUGCCUCGCCUCUGCUUAGUGCUCUAGCAUUGCCAGAGUGCCCAGCUGGCAUCUCUGAACCAGACUUAGGCUAACCACCCACAGCGGGCUGGGAGCUCUAUGAAGCAGAAAGCAGCAGCUCACCUGCUUAUCGGAGCCCACAGGGGCCACCUCCCUUCUUAUCCUCUCCUCCAGCACCUUCAGCCACUCGGAAGCUGGCGCGUGGGCAGAAGGCAAUCUUCCUCUAUUCCUAAUCAGAACCCAGCAAUUACUUCAUCUUCAGUCACCCACAGUCACUGCUGUUUGUCCCUGCCCCCUGGGAGAAGGUAGAAACAUUUUCUGCCUUGUGCCCCAAAGCACAGCUGUUAAAAAUGAGUCCUCCUUCUGCUGUUCGUUGUGGCCGUUGCUCUCACCCUACCACACAGCCCUGCCCAGCCCAGGAAUCAGGCUCCUCUGACACGCUACCCAUUUCCCAUUGGCUCCAGCUGUCAGAUUGCCUGAAGAAAAUGUAUUUUCUGCCUAAGUCUUUAACCAAGGGCUAAGGCAACAGUUAGUAAAGAAUAGGAAAGAGAAAGACCAAGGGGCCCAGAGGCUGGGAAGACAGGCAGGUGCUUAUUCUGGGCCAGAAUGAGUGAACCAAGGUGCGGGAAUGGGCAGCCACAUGUGAGGGCUUCGGUACUGCUGGAAACAACUAUAAAGUUCUAGUGAAGAGCGCAGGACCCUGACCUCAGGAGAGAACUGAAUCAGGGUUUGUAAACCUGCCUGCAUGCUCCUCCUCCCCUCACCUUACACCUCCCCCGCCAAAAUGUGUAAAGGAUCAAUUGUAUUGCAAACAAAGGCCAUGUAAAAGAAAGACCUUCAGGCAUCCCCAACUCUUAAAAGACUCUGAUCUCCGGAGACACAGUGCCUACCAAUGCCUGUGCGAUGCAGAGCCUCACGAAGAACUGAAAACCAAGGAGAGGGCACUUGCAGAUGACGUUGCUCCCAUGGCAGCGUCUGUGCUCGUGGGCUUCUCUCUGUGGAAAAUGGUGGAGGCUGCUUCUGCCCCAGGAGGGAGAAACACCGACUCCCUGGCUUUGGCGCCAGAAAGGAUCGGCUGCCAGGUUUGCCAGAGCAGGAUGGGGAUCCAGGGGACAGGGCAACAAUGCAACUGGAUGCCGAGGGGGGAUCGAUGGUGAUGGGGGAAGUAGAGGUGACUUCUAUUUCUAUCUGGUUCUCGUCUGGGGGGGCCCUCGCCGGGCAGCCCCCCAACACUUCUCCUGCCCUGAAACACGGCUCUAGCCAACCUGCUCCGCUGCUUCACCUGCGACCGUCUCUGCGGGGGCUGCACGGCGCCAGCCCCUCCAGCCCGCCAGGGCAUUGUCCUCCAGCCCGUCAUGCCCAGCUGUGACCCCGGUCCAGGCCCUGCCUGCCUCCCCACCAAGACUUUCCGCAGCUACCUGCCCCGCUGCCACCGCACUUACAGCUGUGUCCACUGCCGUGCACACCUGGCCAAACACGAUGAGCUUAUUUCCAAGUCCUUCCAAGGGAGCCAUGGCCGAGCCUACCUGUUUAACUCCGUGGUCAACGUGGGUUGCGGGCCAGCUGAACAGCGCCUCUUGCUCACGGGGCUCCACUCGGUAGCUGAUAUUUUCUGUGAGAGCUGCAAAACCACACUGGGCUGGAAAUAUGAACAAGCUUUUGAGACGAGCCAGAAGUACAAGGAAGGGAAAUAUAUCAUUGAAAUGUCACACAUGGUGAAGGACAACGGCUGGGACUGAGGGGCUCAGGCAGGCUGUGCCCUUCCUCCGCAUGCCCCUCCCUCCCCACGGCCCUGCCAAGCAGUCUAUACCAGCAUGAGUACUGCCCCACCCCUGGGGGAAACCUGGCUCCAACCAACCCCUCCCCUGCCUCCACCAUAUCCACUACCAGGCACCCUUUGGAACAGGGGUCUGGGUGUACCCCAGGGGUGUUAAGGCUCAGGAGUGGGCAGCAGUCAGGGAGAGACAGAACUGGGGGAAAGGGAUGGUUGUGGGUCCUUCUGUUCCCAAGUUCCUGAAAGUUGAGGCAAUGGCAGGGCGUAGACUCAGGCAGAGAGGAUUGUGGGAGGAAUCCGUUUUUGCUCCACCUCUUUUUGAGUGAACAGAGGACAAACCUUGGGUCACGGGGCUAGUAGAUCGUGGACCACAGAAUAGCAAAUGAGAAAAAGCUUGGGUUGGAGUGAAAUUUUGGUCUCAGGCAGCAGAACAGACCAGAGUCUCUGAGGAUGAAGUUUCCCACCCCUAUUUGUAGGGAAAAGGACUCACGUGCAGGGAAAACUCAAAUCCCAGGCCCUGGGAAAUAGUAAAAGAAUCAAAGGGGUUUCCAUUUCACUCCACUUGUUAGUUUAUCUUGGCACUGAAGAGGCACUUUCGAAUAUCUAACUUUUGCCGUUGGAUGGGGUAGGGACAGCUGCACGCGGAACAGCCCCCACCGCCAGUCGGCUGCUUCCAGAACAAGCAGUCUUUAUGGGCUUUCUCUGAGGCCCAGUCACUGCUCCUGGGACCCAGUCCCCUGGAGGGGAGGUGGAAAAUCAGUGCUACGGGUCCAGUCUUUCCCGUGGCUGCCACCAGCGAAUGAAACUUUUGUAUGAUACAUAAAGUGCUUGGGUCUAUUUUUAAUAAAAAGGGAAAAAGCAACUUGA